AUGGCCCGCAACAACGGCGCAGGCCUCACCACGUUGACAACGCAGUCUUCGGCCCCGGCAAGGGCGCGAGCUUCAUGCUCGCGAUGUCAUAAGAGGAAGAAGAGGUACGUCCAGGGCCUUGAAGAGAAGGUUCGCCGUCUGGGCAGGGCUAUGGCUACCCAAGAGCGGAAUACGCCACAGGCUACAGAUGCCACUCGGAUUUUGAACAACAAUCACCUCUAUGACGACUUCGAUAUGCCAGAAAUAGGAAUGGUGGACCAGGAAUGCAGCCCUCGAGGUGUUUACGGAAGCCAAGUAGGAAACACAUCCACCCUUACCGACAACACCGAGGGUCUGAUAGAAGGCCCUCUUGUAAACCCACAGCUUGCAGCAGACCAAACCCCAACCUUUGGCCAGCAACUCACAGUGCUCUCGCUGGAGGCUACUGCUGAACGGCACUUGGGAUCGACCACGGGACUCUCAUUCGCAAACCUGACACAGAUGAUUCUACGUCGUUUGGCGCCAGACAAGGCGGACUUUAUAUUCAAUAGCCAUCAUGACAACACUACGGAAAUGGAUCUCUUAGACCUCAGCUCUUCUUCAAACCCCUUCAACGACUCUUUCUUCCAAAGCUUGAGUGAGUCCAUCUCCCCCUAUCCCCUGCUUUUUGGUGAUCUCCUCUUCACCGACUCUGCCGGAUCCCAUGCCGCCCUUGACUCCCUAGCCUGGCCAAGCGAUGAGACGCAUGUGCGGCGGCUGGUGAAUUUCUAUUUCGCUCACUCCCAUACCCUCUAUCCCAUCCUAGACCGCUCUGAGGUCAUGGACACUCUUGAAAAGAUCCAUCACAAUCCUCAGAACUUGGUCACGCAAAGUCCCCUCCAUACCUUCAGAAUCUGGAUGGUCCUGGCCAUCGGCUCUACCGCUUACUCUUCCGUCACUCUGACUGAGGAAUCGGAGUCAAUGUUGUUUUACAACAAGGCCCUGCAGUAUUCCGAGCAAGCUUUGGGGGGUGACGAGAUGUCUACUCUGGAAGCCAUAAUGCUCCAGGUUUCUUAUUCGUUUUUCAACCAAUUAGGUCCUAAUACAUGGUUCCUUGUUGGUACAGCUGCCCGUCUGGCCUUAGGUAUGGGACUCCAUGCGGCCUCGACAUAUCGCAAAUUCCCUCUUAAUGUGCAACAAAGACGCAGACGAAUUUUCUUUUCAAUAUACAUGAUGGAUCGCGUUGUUUCCAUCACUUUAGGUCGACCGUUCGCACUUCAUGACGAUGACAUAGAUGUAACGCCUUUUCAGGAUGUCGACGACGAAUUUAUACACGCCGACUCCAUAAGCCCCCAGAACCCCCUUCAGCCAUCACUGAUGGCUGUUCCGCUGCACAUUCUGUCGCUGCGGAGAAUUGCAGGCAACAUCUCGCGAAAGGUGUACGGAAAUGUCAAGAAUGCGAAUUUGACUUUGCCAGAGCGUGAGGCAAUAAUAGCUUCCUUACACCAAGAACUUCUCGACUGGCGUCGGAGCAUGCCCUUCCCGCUCCCGGACGUCAACGAAAGCGUGCCACAUCUUAACACCACGUGGUAUGACUUCAACUACUAUACCCACCUCGCCAUGAUCUACAGACCGUCCCCGCUAUUUCCCGUUUCAGACUUGAAGCGGAUAAAAAUGUUGGAGAUGGCAGCGUCCAUGUCACUCCGCCAAGCAUUCAGCAUGCAUCAGCAACAACGAUUUGCUUACAACUGGUUGAAUUUUCUCGCUCUCUUCACGGCGACUUUGUCACUAAUCUAUGCAAUAACGGCUCAACCUGACGACCUUAGCACCGUCUUGAGAAACACGCGAGCUAUCGCGGACCUCGACCUCGCAACACAGCUUUUCGAGACACUCGGACUCAAGUUUUUGGCAGCUAAGGAGAUUCAGGGCAUGAUCGCUAAGAUAUCCCGGCGAUAUAAAGAGGUUCGCGCCUUGAAUUAUACAGAGCCCAAUAUGGGCUAUUGA